AGAGCCGAACCAUGCCAGUUAACUUGAACCCUCCUGUUGCCAGUCAAUUGAAAGCCAUUGCAGGCGUGCGCAUCGGUAUCACUGAAGCGGGCGUGCGUAAGGCCAAUCGCAAAGACCUCACCGUUAUCUUGCUUGACGAAGGUGCUACGGUCGCUGGCGUCUUCACAAAAAACCGCUUUUGUGCGGCACCUGUUCAAAUUUGCCGAGAGCAUUUGCGAUUGAGUCAAACCAGCACUUCUGCUACUGGAAUACGUGCCAUGGUGAUCAACACUGGCAAUGCCAAUGCAGGCACGGGGGAAGAUGGUUUGAAUCGCGCCCAAAGCACUUGCACAGCUUUGGCGCAAAAAAUUGGCAUCAAUGCACAACAAGUGUUGCCAUUUUCCACAGGUGUCAUCAUGGAAACUUUACCCAGCGAGCGCAUUGUUGCGGGUAUGGAUGCGGCUAUCGCCGACGCCAAAGCUGACAACUGGUUCAAUGCAGCGCAAGCCAUCAUGACCACAGAUACCGUACCCAAAGCCUUCAGCAAGCAGGUACAAAUUGGGGGUGCAACGGUCAGCAUUACGGGCAUCAGCAAAGGUGCAGGCAUGAUUCGCCCCAAUAUGGCGACCAUGUUGGGCUUUAUGGCGACCGACGCUUGCAUUGCACCCGCAGUCAUUCAGCAACUGGCCACUGAAUUGGCGCAAGAAUCUUUCAAUUGCAUC